GGAGCCGUAUCGUCGACUGGUGAUGCAUCAGAGACUAGGAAUGGCACGGAGACCGGUGGCAGCAGUAAUGUAUCCGCAGAGGAGACGGUGAAUACGACAGUCACAGCAACUAGAAUGGAUGCAGCAGCGAGUCACCACUCAUCACCAUCCACACCAACUCAACACCAACCUUCAAGACACCAGCGAUACGUCAGUUUUUGUUCUAGUUUAUUGCGUUGA